UUUAAUACCUGUCACACCCUGCCUCUGAAUAACUCUUAUAUUGUUUUUCCGGAUUACUGAAGGGAUAUAAUUAUUCUGAGUCAGAGCUAAAACCAACGGAGCACGAGAGAGAGACAGAGCAGUUAGAUUCAUACGAUAACUGAAGUAAUGGCGCAAAAUGUGUCCAAUAUGUCAAAUGAUUCGUACACUGUGUCGAAAAAUAUACACGAGGAAAGUGGUUUCCCGCCUCUUGUCCGCCACAUCUACGUUGGAUACUACGUUAUAGUAUUUCUCAUGGCGACGUUGGGGAACUUAUUUGCACUUUUGACAUGUUAUAAGAAUUAUAAAGUCACCACUACAACAAUCCUAUUGAGUUACAUAGCAAGUUUAGCCUUGGCAGAUUUGCUUUUCACUCUGCUUACCCCAGUAGACUUGGCCGCAUUCCUGGCUAGUUCUUGGAUUUCUGGACAGUUUGUUUGCCGUUUUCAGAGCUUUUUAAUCGAGACAAGCUACACGGCUUCAGUUCUAACGCUGGCCAUGAUAAGUCGCGAGAGACUCGUGGCUGUCACGACUCCACUUCUUGCCAGAUCGCAGAGAAUCAAGCAGAGAAAGUUAAUUCCAGUUGUGAUUUGGGUAAUUUCUAUAGCCUCGUGUUCUCCGCUGCUAUAUGCUUACAUCAUCGUCAAAGAUAAUGAUUCUGUCUUACAGUGUGUUAACAUUGGAUGGGGAGACCAAGGGAGGCAAAUCUACUACUCAAUCCAAGGGCUACUUCUCUUUCUUUUUCCAUUGAUGUACAUGAUUUACUCGCACUAUCGAAUCUUUCGUGUUUUAAAAAAGAGCGAAGCAAUGAGAAAGAGGAUGACGAUAAAACCCGGAAGCCAGAGCCUGCAGCAGCGCAAGAUCACCAAAAUGUUGGCCGUAGUAACUUGUAUUUUCGUAACCUGUUAUUUUCCAUUCAUGCUCGUCAGAACAUUAAAGUACUUCUACGUAUUCAACAAUGACAUGCUGUGGCGGCUAGUACAGUUGAUGAUAUUCACUCAAGCGGCGGUGAAUCCUGUAGUUUACUGUUUCUACAGCAAGCAGUUUAGGACUGUCUUCAAGGAUUUGAUGUGGUGUCGCUGGCACAAGAUUAACCACUUCCGGGAGGGGAAUCACACAUUUCGAACGAAGUCUUCGUCUUUGGAAGCCUGUGAACCAGUUAGGCUCGAAGCUCUACAUACAGGAAAGGAUUUAUCAACACUCAUAAGUAACCCAAGCCCUCGACCUAUCUCAAAACGUUCUUCAAAAUCAUCCGUAUGGCUGUAGACACGACUAGACGAUCCAUUCAAAGAAGAGAGAGAGAGAAAGAAAGAAAGAAAGAGAAAGAAAGAGAAAGACAUUCUUAUUUAUCAGAAAAAAAUAUUUUUAUUUAUGAAAGAAUAUUAAUUUU